UCAAUUUAAUUAUCGAAACAAAAAUGACCAAAUAAAAUUACGUAAAAUACAAAAGAAAUAACGAAUAUCAAUUCUGUUGCAACAAACUCAACUUCUCCCACCGCCAUUGCAACAGCAUUACUGUCACUUACUUCUCUUCAUUCUCUCUUAUCUGUAUUUUUUCUUUUAGCGAUUCAACUGCCAAAUCCAGGAAGCUGCGAAGUGAUUAAGGAGAUUAAUAUCAACAUAGCAACUUGGUCAUAUGUUGUUGUGAUUCAUCUACCUUGUUAGACGAUCGUGUGAUGGUCUUGGAUUUUUAGAAAGGCAUAGCCCUCAUGAUGGCCACAGCAGCAGUUAUUGGACUUAGUGCAGGAAAAAGACUCCUAAGCUCUUCCUUUUAUUAUUCCGAUCUUAUUGAAAAGCUAAAUUGUACCAGUGAUCAUAGUUUGCCCUGCCAUCAAGUUCCUUCUGUUAAGAAUGUGAUCAAUGCGAAGAAGUCAUCCGGUUACAGCCACAGUUGCGUAUCCAGUCGAAAACCACAAUCUGCCAAGGCUCUUAAAGAGCACGUGGACGUUACAGCCGACCCUUCUGAUGUGCCAUCCUGGUUUGAAAUGUUUGAACAAUUGCAAAAUGAAAGCGAUGAUGAGGACGAUUCGGUGGAGGUUCUCCUCUUGCUGCAGAAGUCUAUGCUUGAAAAGCAAUGGAAUCUUUCUCUUGAGCAGACACUGACAGCUUCUCCACAACAUGAAAAGAAAAGUAAGAAGAUGCAUAUUACUUGCUCAGGGACAUCUGCUAGGCGGAGGAGAAUGGAUUCUCGACAAAGAGUUCUUGAUCGACAUAGUUCAGCUACACCAACCAGUGCAGCCAAGCCACUGAGAUCAAUUAUUGGUCCAGAGCUACUUCAAAAUCGUUUAAAAGGUUAUGUUAAGGGUGUAGUAAGCGAAGAACUGCUCACACAUGCUGAAGUGCUUCAACUAUCCAAAAAAAUUCAAGUUGGCCUUUAUUUGGAAGAGCAGAAAUCCAGGCUUAAGGAAAGAUUGGGAUGCGAGCCUUCUGAUGAUCAACUUGCUGUUUCCUUGAAAAUGUCACGUACUGAUCUACAAUCUACAUUGAUUGAGUGUUCCUUGGCAAGAGAAAGGCUUGCAAUGAGCAAUGUUCGUCUUGUCAUGUCAAUUGCUCAAAGAUAUGAUAAUGUGGGUGCUGAAAUGGCUGACCUCGUUCAGGGAGGCCUUAUUGGGCUGCUUCGUGGGAUAGAGAAAUUUGAUCCCUCUAAAGGAUACAAAAUCUCAACUUAUGUUUAUUGGUGGAUUCGCCAGGGUGUCUCGAGAGCGCUGGUUGAGAAUUCACGAACCUUAAGAUUGCCAACAUAUCUGCAUGAAAGACUCAGUCUAAUCCGUAAUGCAAAGACGAGACUUGAAGAGAAGGGAAUAACUCCAUCUGUAAAUAAUAUAGCUGCAUCCCUAAAUAUGUCCCAGAAGAAAGUCAAAAAUGCAACUGAGGCAAGCAGCAAGAUGUAUUCACUUGACAGGGAAGCAUUUCCCUCUUUAAAUGGUCUCCCUGGAGAAACCCUUCAUAGUUACAUCGCUGAUAACCAUCUGGAGAACAACCCAUGGCAUGGUGUCGAUAUAUGGGCACUCAAGGAUGAAGUAAACAACCUCAUUUCAUCAACUCUUAGGGAUAGAGAGAGGGAGAUCAUCCGACUGUACUAUGGUCUGGACAAUGAAUGUCUCACCUGGGAGGAUAUUAGUAAAAGGAUAGGUUUGUCCAGAGAAAGAGUCAGACAGGUGGGGUUAGUUGCACUUGAGAAACUAAAACAUGCUGCAAGGAAAAGGCAACUAGACGCAAUGUUGAUCAAACAGUGAUUUGGAACAUUUGCUGCGACUAUAAUACAAAUUGACUGUACAUAAAAUGUGAGAAACUUCCAUCUCCAACUUAUUUUUUUGAUAAGGAGAACGUACAGAUAAGGACCCGACGACAUUCUUGACCACCCGUCAACACCCCUCUCCCCAAAACCAAGCCCAAAAUUUGUAUGUGAAGAGACAGAAAGAUGUAGCAAAAUUUUUUGUGUCGGUAUAUUUUAGGAUGCCUGACGUGCAAAGAGCAAAGAGUUUGUUUGCUGAGAUAGGAGAUAAUUACAAGCAAAUGAUGUGGAUGUUUCCACUUUGAUUUUAUGCUGAUAGCUUAUUGUUGAUAAGAGAACAUAUAUGCUUCCCAA